UGUUUCCUUUUAUGAUUGUGGCGGGAGUUUGUAUGGUGUUUUGGCGAGAGAACUUUGUAAGUUUGGAUUUCUUUUUCAAGCAGAAUGUCUGAGAACGCAGAGAAGACAGAACACGUCGCGCAGCUCAGCGGAUCUUCCGUCGUAAACGGCUCCGAACCCUCCGCAGAUAGAGGACUGAGAGUGACAAAGACUGAGGGCGGCCAGCAGCCAUUCUCCUUCAGCGCCGAACCCUCUAUGGAAGAAAUCCGCAGGCUCCAGGGAGAAUUUACCGCCGAACGCGACUGGAACCAGUUUCACCAGCCGCGCAGCCUGCUGCUGGCGCUGGUAGGCGAGGUGGGCGAACUGGCCGAGCUGUUCCAGUGGCGCGCCGACGCAGCCGAGGGGCUGCCGGGCUGGACCGAGGCGGAGCGCGAGCGGCUGGAGCACGAACUUAGCGACGUGCUCAUCUACCUGCUCGAGCUCGCCGAGAAGUGCCGCGUGGACCUGCCGCGUGCCGCGCUGCGCAAGAUGGCGCUGAACCGCGCGAAGUACCCGGCGAGUCGCGUGCGCGGCUCUGCCCGGAAGUACACGGAGUAUGAGGACUGACUGAGGCCCGCCAAGGCUUAGGCGCUUUCAGAGUUGAUUUUUUUUUUCUUAUAUUUUAACCUUUUUUAUUCAUAUGACUGCAAGCCAAUAACUAUCAAUUGCCCGGUAGUCUGUUUAAAUCUCAGUGAGUUAUGAUUUAUCAUAUCCAACACUUGACUUUAUCUGUGUAAUUCUGUUUUCUGCAGGUACCGUACACAGUGACUGAGGUUUUAUACUUCCAUAAAACUUAUUGCUUUUGCCUUAUCUUACAUUUGAUGUUCAGCAAAGUCCAAAAUACCAAGCUUCAUAAGUUUUCCUUGAUUGUAUAUCUAGCGUAGUACACGUUGGUUGUGACAUUGGCCUGCUGUGUUUAUUGAAGUUGAGUUCAGUUUUUAACACACUGACCCAGUGUGUGUGUGUUUGAGUGAGAGACUUAGGUUUGAUCAGGUCAUCAACAUCUUGCUGCUAUGUUGUCUCGAAUGCUGCAACAGCCAUCAGAAUGCAAUGGAGAAAAGUAUGAUAAAUGGUUUUUUGUUACUGAAUGUUUUCACCUUGUCCCCCCCACCCCCGGACCUGUCAUUCAUAAAUCUGGAGGGAUUGUCCAACAAACGUGGUAAACUGCUGUUGCACAAGAAGCGAUACAAGAGUUUGCAUCUGUGACCAUGUGUUUGUGUGGAAACAUUAAAAUGCACGGGAAUGAGUGGUGUGUAGAUGAUUGAUGCAUU